AUGGAGUUAAAUAAAUCGGUAUUUGAAUUGGACCAGUACGAUGAUGAAAUAAUAUCUCAGGUACAGAUGGAUAGCGAGUGUAGUAAUAUAGGUAAAAGUAAAAGAAACAGGGAUGAAGAAGAAAAUGAAUGGAUGUUGGUAAAAAGAAAAGAAAAUAUUGUUAAAGUUGGGCACGAUAAAAUUGAGGUGUAUAUUUCAAUUAAUGAGUUACCUAAGCAAUUUGGCUUAGCUAGGGUGUUGAAGGAGCAACAAAUUUUAGACAUAUCUAGAGUUAAAUAUUUAAACCCGUACAAAGUGUGUUUAGAUAUUACUAAUGAGAUGAGUGUAACCAAGUUGGAAACAUGUAAAGCAUUGAUUGAAAGGGGUUGGAAAGUUCAAAAAGCUAUGGAAAAAAGCGUUUCAUAUGGGGUUAUUAGGGAUGUUGAUAUGGAACUAGGCGAUGAGGAAAUACUUAAGAACAUUUCAUGUCCCAACAAUGCAGAACUUCUUUCCAUCAAGCGACUGCAAAGACGAAGUGCAACAGGAAGUGGUUGGGUUCCUAGUGAAACAAUACAACUUUGUUUCAAGGGACCGUUUCUACCAGCAUACGUACACGUUGAGGGUAAUCACAUGUCCUUGGCCAGGACCUGCCCAGCAUAUCAGCGGGAAAAAAGACUGAGGGAAUUGAUGGCAGAGUUUAACUGUACAUAUAGAAAAGCGCUUACAAUUAUUGUAACACCUAGCUCUCCGGUGCAAGAGACAAACACCUCGAACAGCAAAAUAACCGUUUUAAGGUCGGAAGCUCCGCAAGCUCAGUCUACCUCAUAUAACCAGGGCCGCGAACAUGUCCAGGUUACGUUUGCUCAGGUGGUUACGACUGAUGCAAUAGUACAUAGUGAAUUGGCACCGAAACAUAACCUCCGGAUCAAGAAGACCCCGCGGCUAGGCGCCAGGAGAGCUGUCUCCCCUGAACACCACGCUAAUUCCAUGGAUACACCAACAAUGGUGCAUUUGGAGGCCAAGAAACCCUCGAAAAAGGAAGUGAACUUUAGUGAAUUAUUAAAUAGACUGAAAGAGAUCAUAUUUUUAAGAAAUGCAUGUAUACAAGACGAGAUAAAGGAGGUGAUAAAGUGUUGUGUGGAAUGGUUGAUUUUAGUUAUAGUAGAUAAUAUUUCGGAAUGCCUUUUUUAA